AUCAGCCAUACUUGCUCGAGCCGUUGUACUAGACGCACGCUUACUAAUUCAUUCUCUUUCUCUUUCCAGAUUCCAGCGAAAUGGGAGCCAAAAUGUCGCGCCGAAGUGGGCGAAAGGCCGCUGCGGCCGUGAAUGUGGCCAGUACGGUCGGGGAACUGGCCACUCCCGACGAGACGCGACCGGACGAAACUGACGUUGACCGGGUCGCGGGUGGCGGACGGGUUAACGGGGGAAACGCUUCGACGGGGGGCAUUCCGGAACCGGAUCCGCCGGUUUCGGAACAAAAAUUAACCGAUUCUUGUUUUGGCCAAUCCGACGAACCGGCGGAUCCGGUGCCGGAAGGGCCGAUGGUAAAUGACAUUUUAUCAAAUGACUUUUUGGACAUUACUACGGCGGUUCCGAUUCCGGAACCGCUCGUAGAUCCAAAUUUUCCAUUGACUAUUUUGACCGUUUCAGGGACAAUUCAGGGCCAAAACGAGACGGUUUCGUUGGUUCCGGUUCCGGAUCCACCGGUUGAAGAGCAAAUUUUGACAGACGAUGUUUUGAUUGAUCUUGAAAGACCGGUGGAUCCGGUACCGGAGUCACCGGAAACCAACGCUGCACCACUUUCGGAACCAUCUGCGGCGGCUUCCUCUUCGGAACCGCCGGCAGAACCAAAUGCAUGUGAAAUAAAUUUUCCAUUUUCAGAGACUUUAGAGGGAGUUCCGGAACCGGAAAAUUCUAAAAAAAAUGUCAAUUUUUCAGAUUUUGUCUUGGUCUACGAGUACGCCGUUUGGGAUUUUUCCAAUCCAACGGUGUACUCGGUUCUCGUGAAAGAUCCCGUGGAAACGGUUCCGGAACUUCCUCCACUAAAUUCCAAUCAAAUUAAAUAUUUCUGGUGUCACUCCUGUCAAAAUUAUGGUAGGAAUACUUUGCCCUGGUUGCUUAGAUUAAAAUAUUCAAAAUUUGCGAUGUGGUUGCGCCAUUUGUUCUGCGCUUCGAUGUGUUGCGCAGUUAUUGGUUUGAUUGUUUUUGUUUGAAUUGUUUUAAUGUUUUUUCUCGUUUCAUGAGCGGUUCCUUGUUUUUGAGCUUUCCAUUGUUACUUGUAUUGAGAGGAUUGGAUGGAGUUUUUAGAGUAGAACAACUAUUGGAGAUGGAGAUGAUGAUUACGAGUACAUGAUGAAGGAGACGAUGACGAUGAUUGAUGAACUGGAUGACGAAAUAAUUAGAUGAGAUGAAUAUUGGAUGAAUUGGCGCAGAAUUUCUCGACGGACGACGAUGAUGACGGCGGCGGGUUUCGAUUGGAAGGUGGCUGAAACUGAAGAAUAUGUAUAUUUUUUUAUAAAUGAAAUGUAUUUUAUUUCUGGAACUG